AUGGAUCAUCAUCCAGUUUCCGACGACCCCAAAACUCCACUUCUCCCUCUCCACGAUCAAAUCCAACGGUCGCAGAGCUUCCAUUCAUCCUUGAAAUCCCUUCUAACACUCAAGAACUUCUUCGUCCUCCUGGGACCUCUUCUGUGCACCAUCAUAUGCCUCUGUGUGAAGCUAGAUGGCCGGGUGGCCAGCCGGAACAUGUUGGCGGUGCUGGUGUGGGUGUUUGCUUGGUGGCUCACGGAGGCCGUGCCCAUGCCAAUUACCUCCAUGUCCCCACUCUUUCUCUUCCCUCUCUUUGGAAUAUCCUCUGCUGAUGAUGUUGCUCAAUCUUACAUGGAUGAUGUUAUUGCCCUUGUUCUUGGAACCUUUAUAUUGGCUAUUGCUGUUGAGCAUUAUAACAUCCACAGAAGAUUGGCCUUGAAUAUAACCAUGCUCUUCUGCGGAGACCCACUUAGCCCUCCCCUGCUCCUACUGGGAAUAUGCGCCACGACAGCAUUCGUCUCCAUGUGGAUGCACAACGUGGCGGCAGCUAUGAUAAUGAUGCCGGUGGCCACUGGGAUCCUCCAGCGCUUUCCCGUGGGCCCGGACCAGUCCGUUGCCGUGAGCAAGUUCUGCAGGGCGGUGGUGCUGGGGGUGAUAUACUCCGCGGCCAUAGGAGGGAUGAGCACUCUCACCGGGACAGGUGUGAACUUGAUAUUGGUUGGGAUGUGGAAGAGCUAUUUUCCAGAGGCGAAGCCCAUCAGCUUCAGCACCUGGUUCUUUCUAGGGUUCCCUCUGGCCUUGUUGAUAUUCUUGGCUUUGUGGGUUAUACUUUGUUGCUUGUAUUGCCCAAGGAAUUCAGGCCAGGCUCUCUCUGCUUAUCUGGACAAAGCUGACUUGAAGAGGGAGCUUGAAAUGCUAGGUCCAAUGGCUUUUGCUGAGAAGGUGGUACUGUCUGUGUUUUCGAUGCUGAUAGUUUUGUGGAUGACAAGGAGCAUAACAGAUGAUAUUCCUGGGUGGGGAUCCCUCUUCAAUGGGCGUGCUGGUGAUGGAACUGUCAGUGUUAUGAUGGCAACUUUGCUGUUCAUAAUUCCAAACAAAAAGCAAGAGGGAGAGAAGUUGAUGGACUGGAACAAAUGCAAGAAGCUACCAUGGAACAUCAUAUUGUUAUUAGGUGCUGGUUUUGCCAUCGCCGACGGGGUCCGAACUAGCGGCCUUGCAGACAUUUUAUCGAAAGCCCUAGAUUUCAUGGAGGCUGUCCCAUAUAUCGCCAUUGCGCCGGCUGUGUGUCUCAUAAGCAGUACCAUCACUGAGUUCACAUCAAACAAUGCCACCACCACUCUUGUUGUCCCUCUUUUGAUUCAAAUAGCCAAAAGCAUGCAUGUGCAUCCACUCCUCCUUAUGAUUCCAGGAGCUAUUGGAGCACAGUUUUCUUUCUUGCUUCCGACCGGGACCCCUUCGAAUAUUGUAGGGUUUACCACUGGCCACAUUGAAAUUCAAGACAUGAUUAAGACUGGAUUGCCACUGAAGAUUGCUGGAACUGUUGUGCUAUCCCUUCUGAUGCCCACACUAGGAGCUUAUGUAUUUGGGACAAAUGAACCUGCAGUUCAGUGACUUUAGACAACAAGAUGAUACAAAUAUUCGCUCUUGGUAAUUGGCAAAGAGGAGCUUCACGUGUAUAUAUAGUCACAUUGCAAGCGUACCGAUACAUGAGAAAAAAAGGAAAGAAAGCGACCAAAGGGCAACAUAUUACUUCUCUCUUCAUUCCUUGUUUGGUAGAAAGCUUUGUGUGUACCUUGAUUGCAGCCAUAUUAUAUUACAUAUGAUAAUUUUGUUA